ACUGCGCUCGGUUGUCUACAAAACCCUCCCGCAUAGGGAAUUCCGAUAAUUUCAGUCAAUUCCACGACCAAAACCCCAAACCCGUUGUCAAUUCCCGCCUUCCAUUUUUGAAAACGUUCCAUUGUUAGUGCCACUGGCCAGAUAGUGAAGUUUAUUUUUUUAUUGUAAUUUUUUCUGUUACGUUUUGAAUUGUGAUUUGGAAAUGGAAAAGUGACGCCAGCGGCGCCGAACCUUUUGCCGCGUCGUGUCAGUAGUAUGUUCGUCUGAGUUACGUAACUGUUCCGGUCAAAAUCGAUAUUCCGGGCGUAUAAAUAGCGACCUUAGUAUUGAGAACAGCUGGCCGCAUGCCAGGGAACAUGCAACCUACGAGGAUGAGGCGGCCCCGCCGCCACCGAUGGCUCACUGUGUCAGUCUUCUUCAUCGCAUACUCCGUGUUCCAAGCUGUGAUGACGUCAUCCACUGCUUCAGACCCUGUCGACCUGGAACCUGAGGGGGUACGGAAGGCAACGAUCAAACCUGCCAAGGAGGAGAGUGAAAAGCAUGAACCAAUAGGAGAACCUCCAAAACCCGAGCCAAACAAAGAAGAAGAAAGUGACGAGGAAGGAAACGAACCAGGCAAGGAACCCACCGCGCCGACAGUCGAGGAAGAACCGAAAAAAGAUUUAAAGGACGCGGGAUACAAAGAGACGGAGAAUACGACAAAGCUUCGAGAAAUAGAGCGAAAGGAUUUAAUCCCAACAGUUCAUCCGAUAAGGAACAACUGUACGCCGCCGGCCAUUGAACAAUUCCCCCGGCCACUAAUGGGUCAGAACGCCCGCAAGCACGGCGGUCUCAUCAUCCACAUUCUGGUGGCUGUAUUCACCUUCAUCGGGCUCGCCAUCGUCUGCGACGAGUACUUCGUGUCCAGCCUCGACAGGAUCUGCGAAGAACUGCAAUUAGCCCCUGAUGUGGCAGGCGCCACCUUCAUGGCCGCUGGCAGCUCAGCACCAGAACUAGCCACGGUUGUCAUUGGAGUUUUCUGUGCUCAAGACGAUAUCGGUGUAUCUGGUGUGAUCGGGUCGGCAGUAUUUAACAUAAUGUUCGUGAUAUCGGUAUGCGCGCUCUGUGCCGGCACCGUCUCCCAUCUCAACUGGUGGCCACUCUGCCGCGACUGCUUUUUCUAUGCUCUCUCUAUCCUCGUCAUGCUGUGUACCAUAUGCAACGGCUAUGUGUCUUGGCCUGAAGCCCUCUUCAUGCUGAUCAUGUACGGUGUGUACUGCAUCGCGUUGCGAUUCAACACGACUUUAGAAAUAUGGGCGAUCUCAGUCAUACAAAAGCUGCCGUUCAAGCUACCCACGAGGGAGGAGCAAGCUGCUCUGGUCACUUACAAGAGCACCGGUGGACAGGCUCCGGCGUCCGCCGCCGCAGCCGAGGGACAGUACACACAGGUGGAGGGACAGACCAAGGAAACACCAUUGGGCGGGAACACAGCCGCUUACAAUCCGGACGGCGCCUACGACAACGUGGCUUACAAUGCGGAGCCGGCGCCAUCUUGGGACCCCAACACAACCUGGGACCCUAACACGGCGUGGAGCGAUCAAUCACAGCCACAACAGGCGCCUCCGUCUUCAGGUUGGGGAGACUCGCACAACCGACACUCGCAACAACCCGAACAGGUCCAAUCGCCUCAACAACAGCCACAUCAACAGCCACAACAACAGCAACAGCAGUCAGCCACACAGCCAGCAGCACCCGCGUACUAUAAAGCUAAGGAAUACAAUCCUGAGACUGCAGUCGAUCCGCUGGUGAAACCCGUUGGUGCCAAUCCCGUGCAACUCGGCUGUUGGUAUGUGGCGUUCCCGAUCCACUGGGCGUGUCGCCACACCAUGCCUGACUGCCGUGGGCGCUGGUACCCCGUCACCUUCAUCGUUUCCAUGCUGUGGAUCUCCUUCUACUCUUACUUCAUGGUCUGGAUGAUCACCAUCAUUGGUUACACUCUGGGUAUCCCGGACACAGUAAUGGGUCUCACGUUCGUGGCUGCGGGGGUGUCAGUGCCUGAUGCUCUGUCUUCGCUCGCCGUCAUCAAGGAAGGGUACGGAGACAUGGCUGUGUCAAAUGCAGUGGGAUCCAACGUGUUCGAUAUCCUGGUCUGCCUCGGCCUGCCCUGGUUCAUACAGACCGCCAUCAUCCACCCGGGCAGCCACGUCAACGUCAUCAGCAAGGGUCUCGUCUACUCGACUCUGUCGCUCUUCUCCACCGUCAUAUUCCUCGUGGUGGCCACACACGCCAACGGGUGGAAGCUCGACCGGAAAUACGGCGCUGUGCUGAUGGUAUGGUACAUCUUGUUCAUCACCUUCGCCAGCCUUUACGAACUCAACGUCUUCGGAUACUUCAACAAGCCAGACUGCAUCUCAGCCUAUUAAGUAUAAGGCUCAAAUUAUCGCUCGUUGCCGCUUACGUGUAACGUAAUGGUAACAGUUGGCUAUCUCAAUUUUCUUUUUGUAUUCUGAUGAAAGGCACUGUUUUUUGUUUACAAUCUAGCCGUAUUUUUCAGUGGAUUAUGAAGAUUUUCAUUCGUAAAAUUAAAUAUGAAAUACUAUCGUGACGUCAAUUUCGUUCGUUUGUUUACAGUUUAUAUAAUAUUUGCAAUUUUUUUCCAGCAGUGUGCGUAAUGCUACUUUGCUAUUUACAUCUCACCGUCGAGUCGACUCGCAGUGAGACGCAGCUAACCAAUCACAGUGCGCCAUUGUGACGCGACGACAACCACACCGCAAUGUGAUUGGUUCGCUGCAUGUCACUUCGAAUCGAUUCGAUAGUGAGAAGUGAAAUACAAACCCGCACUUCGCCCUCGGUUACAAUAACGGCGUUAAUGCGACAUUCUCGCAAAUUUCUAUGGGAUCGAAACAACCGCCGUCUUGCAAAAAGGUGUAUUACAGUUAACUCACAAUGACUUGUCAUAGAGUGCAUAAUAAAUGAGGGCGCUUUGUUCUUUUGGCUGGCAACACCUGAUAAUUUAUCAACCAAUCGUGACUAUUCGAUUAUAUUUGGUAUUGCAAUGUCACAAAAAUGUAGUUCGUUAAAAAUUCCUUUUUCUAUAGACAGACUACAUAAAAGUUCACACUAGUUAUAUGUUGGUUAUUGAUUGUUUCAUUUUCACGUGCUUUACAAACAAGUUUUAGGGCGUUUGUCCACCGCCGCCGUCACAGGACCGUCACCGAGAACGAGAUUAUUUCUGGCCGAGUUUAAUAUGACGUAACGGCGAUCGUUUGUCCACCACGACCGAUUUCGCUGGUAUAAUUUGUUCCAGCUGUUGUGUACGGUGCGACGGCGACGGCGAGUGUGUGAACAAGUUCAUACGUGUUUUGUAUUGCCGGCACAACGGCCCGUCAAAUCGCAGGCCACGUUCUAGCGGUCACGCCGAUCUACUCUCAAUUUCGACGGCCGGGAUGACGGCGCUCGGGUUACGGAUGUGCGGUGGACACGCGGCUAAGGAAAUGUAUGUACAGCUACUUCGGCGUCGUCAUCUCGUUUUCGGUGACCUGACGGUGACGGCGGUGGUGGACAAACAGCCUUACUGAUAAAAAUGAAGAUUUUCUUGUUGCACUUUUUUAUACCUAACAACGAAAGUAAAUGCGCGACGCGACGUGUCGCACACCAACGACAAAUAUGUAUUUUAUUAAUGGCAUCCUCUUAAUUCACUGAAAAAUGUAGUUCCUUUUUAUAUUUAAAGAGCCGUAAUUUAUAAAAAUGAUUACCUAAUUAGCCAAUCACAACGCUAUCUAGUAAAGAAAUCGAUUUUAUAUUUUUUAGCUCUCUAGAUAAAGUUAGUUAAUGUUUGUUACAAAUAGGUCUAGUUAUUUUGAUAUUUGUUUGUAAUAAUUUGAAGCUUUAAUUAAACUAUUUAUUAAAAAUAUUUAAGGUUUUAUUUUUGUAUUUAUGCAAUCAUUCUGAUUGAUGUUUAUCUAUACGGUGUUAUAGGAAUAGCAGUAUAUUUUCAUUCCUACUUAAACUUUGUGUCCUUAAACAUUAUUUAUAUUCACUUGUAUAGUACUGGACUUGUAUCAGAGUUCUCUAUGCCAUCGUCUUAUGAUUACUAAAAGCAUCGAUGUUAGUAUUAAUUAGACUGUAAUAAAGAUUAUUUACUAUUUUAUCUGCUUUACGUGUGAAUUGUGUUUUAGGCAAAGAUGUGAAUUUAUCACGAAAAUGUUUAAAAAAUAUACUCUCUUCGGUGUAGUUCCUACUAAUGACUGCCGAGUUCAUUGGCUGCUUGAUCUUUAGACCACUUUGUGUCGCAGCUAGCCGUGUGUGUGCCGUUCUCGAAAUUUUCGAGAAUGUUUUCGAAAUUAGAAAUUCGCGAGAACGAUCCCGAAAUAAUAUCGGAAUUUACCGAGAAUUUUCUUCAGAUGGUUCCCAUAAAAUUGCCGAUGAGAAUUUCUCUUGGAAAUUUUCGGAAAUUCUCAAGGGUCUGGAAACAGACAAGACUACAUAUAGUACACUACUGGAAAACAUAAACACUGGUCGCGGUACAGUCAGCUCAUUUCUUUGUAAAUUCAUCACUAAUACCACCGCAUAAGAUCCAUGAAAAGUAAGUAGAGUAUUCGAAUCAUGAUUUAAAUACUACAGACAAUAUUACAUUUUUCUAUAACUUUGUGGUUGCAGACUAUACUGGCAAGUAUGUAAAUUGAAUGAAACAAAAUGGUUUAUUGAUCAAAAUACAGUUGGUAGUUAGGUAUGAUUUUCUUCGAAUGAGUGAAUAAGAUUGA